CAAAACCAGCAGCUGGUUGAAUUUCAACCGGUGGCUGGUCGAGAGCGUCGGGAUUUUUUUACGGGUUUACCGUAACCGAAAAGAUUCGGGCUUUAAUCGGUGGAAGCUUAACGUUUAUUCUGCGUUUUAAAGGCAUCUUAAUAUACUUCAAAACGGACGAGUUACACGUGAUAUUUUUGUUGUCCUUUGAAAGGAGAAUAGGAUUGUAUUUCAAAAUACAAAAUGCUGCCGGGGUUGCUUCGCAUUCACGUCCGUUUUUAAAAAACUUACCUUUAAAAGCGUUUCAUUUCCAGGGUUUGCACGCUGUUGGAAGUGACCAGCUCUCAUUGGCUCUUUCUGUGAAGGAAACGAGACUUAACCGUUACAAAGUGCCAAUUGACUUUUACGAAAAACUCGAUUGAUUGAUUGUAUCGAGGGCAGCUUCAAGGGACCGUUCUAUUUUUGUGCGAGAGGAUCGUUUAGAUAACAUAAGACUAAGAUGUGAAUUGUGGAGAUUUGCUGAUGAUACACUAGAUCCUGCGCAUCUCUCUGCUUAUACUCAGAAUAUUCUCUCUCUUUGAUUAGAUGCGAGCGAGAGGAUGACUUUCUUAAAGGGAGAGUUCACCCAAAACUGAAAACUAGCCCGUGAUUUACCCACAAGCCAUCUUAGGUGCAUAUGACUUUCUUCUUUUUAGAUAAAUGUAGUCAGAGUUGCAUUAAAAACCUAAUGACAAUGAAUGCGUGUUGAGGUUUUGAAGCCAAAUAAAGUGCAUCCAUCCAUCGUAAAAAUACUCCUAAUUAAUAAAGGCCUCCUGAAGCAAUGUGAAGAAAAAUAUCUACACAGACAGCAAUAUGCAGUGUAUAACAAUUAGCCGAAGCUAGAGAUUGAUUACGUUUUUUAAAGGCGGAUAUUUUACCUUUACGGAGCACUUUUUACGAUCGAUGGAUGCACUUUAUUCAGCUUCAAAAUCUCAACACCCGCCAUUAUAAAGCCGGGAAGAGCCAGCGCGUUUUCAUAAAUCUGAUUGUUGCUUGAAUGAAUAAAUAAAAAAGCAUUUUUGGGUGAACUAUCCCUUUAAGUUGAUGUGUUCUUACUUCUACAGAAGUCUGUUCAGCUAAUAUUUGUAUGUGUUACACUAUCAUUUCAUUGCACCCUUGUGCUCUUGUCGGAAAGUUUGACAAUAAUAACGAUGUUUAAAACCUCUCUUGCGUUUUUUCUUUUGUCAGAUGUGUGCUUAGGUUAAAUUGAAUUUAUAAUGAGCCAUUUUGAACUGCGAUCGCCUUUAUAUUGUGCAUGAAGUAUGUGUCUGAGCUGGAUUUCAUAUCGCCUUCAUCUUUACGCAGAAUUUAGAGACGCUUUUACUACUUUUAGGCACUUAGGAACAAUAUUGCUUGUGAUAUUAUUACGUGUAUCAUAUGGAAAUGCUCAGGCAAUAGAGUUCAAUGAAAUGUCUGCUCUGUGUAUCCGAGGAUUGAAAUGUGAUAUUUAAUGGUUUAUUGACAGUGUUUUACUCUUCCGCCGCUCAAAGCUGAAGAAACACUUGCAUUCAGUGCCGCGCUUUCUCGAAAUGACCUUAGCUUUGACUUUGUUGUGCAAUGUAAAUAUAUCUAUAUAUAAAUAUAUAUGCCUUUUUUUUUUGUCUGCAUGCAUAUAAUUUGGAAGUUGUCGAAGUAUAUGCAACUGUAGUCAUCUACAGUAAAAGUAAUUUUGCCUAGCAAUUUUUACUUUUCAAAACCUUUAAUAGAUAGUUUUAUGUAGCGCGGGUAUAUUUGUAGCAAUAGCCAAAAAUGCAUUGAUGUUGCAUGAAAAAUUAUGCAUUUUUCUUACAUGCCAAAAAAAUCUGUAGGAUUUCUAGGAACUUCAUUUGAACAAGUCGAAUGGCGAUUCGAAUAAUAGCGUAAUAAUACAUAAUUGGCACACACACAAAAAAAUCCUUAGGACUGAUUUUGUAGUCCGGGGUCAGUUUUAAUUUGCAUCCUCAAAAUGAUUAAUUUAUGCAUUUGUGCACGCAUGUCCGCUCGAGAUAGAUCGCGUUCGUGAUGUAAUCGCAGGCUGCACUGCACGAGGCGUUGUGUAUAAUAUGGCAUGUUAUCUGGUGACACAGAAGCUCGAAUCAAUCAGUGCGCGCGCGAGUGUGUGUGUGUGUGUGAGAGAGAGAGAGGGAGAGAGAGAGGGAGAGAGGGAGAGGUGGGCUGGAAGGUCUCUGAAGGACACUGAUGGAGGAGGGAGGAGCUGCCUGGGAGCUCGGGAUCAUCCAGCAGCGCAUGCACGAGAGCUGGAAUGACUCGGGAUAAUAACACGGCGUUCAUCAGUCCUCGCCUUCGCAUCCGUUUCCUCGGAGUGUCUUCCUCCAACUCGCGUCCGGCUGGUAAGGUUCUGCUGUGGUGAAGAAUGCAGAGAGAGGUGUUUUCUUACGAUGCAGUAAAAACAGAUAAUCUGUCAUAAUCACGGAAGAUUGAAGAGGAUCUUGAUUCGCAAAGAGAGACAAAGGAAGUGACAAUGGGGCGAAAGAAGAUACAGAUUACUCGCAUAAUGGAUGAGAGAAACAGACAGGUGACGUUCACAAAGAGGAAGUUUGGCCUGAUGAAGAAGGCGUAUGAGCUCAGUGUUCUGUGUGACUGUGAAAUAGCCCUGAUUAUCUUCAACAGCUCCAAUAAGCUCUUCCAGUACGCCAGCACGGACAUGGACAAGGUCCUGCUCAAGUACACGGAGUACAACGAACCUCACGAGAGCAGAACCAACUCGGACAUUGUAGAAGUGCUGAACAAGAAGGAACAAAGAGGUUGCGACAGCCCGGAUCCAGAAGCGGCGUAUGUCCUCACUCCUCACACGGAGGAGAAAUAUCAGAAGAUUAAUGAAGAGUUUGACAACAUGAUGAGAAAUCACAAACUUGUAACCGCCGCUCUAGGUCAACAGAGUUACUCGAUACCGCUGACUUUGCCCGUCACCAACCCCACCACCCUGUCCUACAGCACAGACAGCUCUCUGACACCCCAGUGUCCCUCAGCGGGACAAACAUAUGGCAUGCCGGGAUCCUCAGACGUCGCUCUUCCAAACGGUGUGCACUCCAGUCAUGUGGCCAAUGGCUUUGUUGGCGUUUCAGAAGGAAACGGUAUGGGAAGAGUCGCUUCUGUCAAACCUCAAGCGUCAUCCACGUUGGGCCGCAAACCUGAUCUCAGAGUACUCAUUCCUCCCGUGAGCAAGGGCCCUGCUUCUUCACCGCCGCCAGAGGAAGGAGAGGAACAUUUGAGAAUAGACAACUCUCCGUCCGGCCAAUCACUGACCACGCCCGUGGUAACCGUGGCGACCCCCAGUCUAAAUCCCCAGGGCCUCGUGUACUCGGCCAUGACAUCGUCGUUCGCCGCAGAUUUUGUCUUGAGCAGUACAGAGGCCAGCUCUUUGCACAGCUUCAGUUCGCCGGACGCUGCCCCAUCAGGAACAGGGUCUUCAUGGAAACACGGCCAUCACGGUCAUUCAGGCUUCGGUGCUCAGAGAACCGCACAACCUCAGCUUCCGGCGUCCGACCCCGCCAGCUCCAUCAGCAUCAAAUCCGAGCCCGUCUCCCCUCCCAGAGAGCGUCCCGGUCACUCGCCGUACCCCAACAUCCACGCCAGGCCUCGGCCCGGCUCCGGACAGGAAGUGGGCCGCUCUCCCGCUGAGAGCUUCAGCUCUUCCGGCAGCUCGUAUGAAGGCAGCGACCGCGAGGACCAGCGUCUGGACUCUCACCCGGGCCCCGCCGCAUCGGGACUGAGGUCGUCGCCGGAGACGGAGAGCCGGGAAGAUCCCUUGGUCAAACGCAUGCGCACGGACAGCUGGGUCACUUAAGGGUGCCUUUUUAAAGUCACGUUUCAGAUAUGCAGACCGCUCUCGCGCUGCUUUGGAGAUGUGAAGAGAAAGGGAAAUACAAAGGCCGCUGUUGUAAAUGAGUGCGUUCGGUAUUGUUAUAGGAUUUUUUUAUAUUGUUAAAAAUCUAAGUUAUGAAGUGUACGACGCUGUUUUGUCGAUUAGAGGGUUAGCUUUUGCUGCAUUAUUUGCAGUGCGUUAUUUUUUUUGCAAGCCAAAUGUGUUAUUUCGUCUCUUUCGCAUUUAUAGCCGAGUCCUCGAUCAAAGCCAUACGGAUAUCCCAUUUGCUGUCGUUUGGUGAGUUUGACGGCCUGGUGGUCAAACGUUUUACACAUUUUUUUAAUUACGUUUUCGUGCUGUGGGAGGAACGGAAAGCUAAAUAUGAUUUCAGACACUUCCAUGGAGUACUUGCCUGUCUGUGAAGUUUUAGAUGAACCUCAGGUAUCUGCAUUUCAAUCAUCAACUGACACGUUCAGCUCCUUUUCAAGGUUCGUGGAGAACGGAUGGCAAAAUAGCCCAAAAAUGGCCGACCGUUUAGAUGUAUUAAAGUGUCCUCCUAGCGACUCAUUUCUUAGCGGGUGAUGAAAUGAGCUAAUCAUAAAUUUGACCUUUGUUCCUAAAACCACCUACAAGAGAAGAGCUAUAAACGCGUCGUAUUCGCAAACGACUCGUGGAUUAGACGUUUAAUAUCGUUUAUACAGUGUACAUAGAGUUGCUUUAAAAUACCUGCUAACGCAAGAGUUCAAAAAAGUAUAUAAAAAGUAUUUAAAUGUCUUUUAUAGUGUUUUUAUCCUUUAUUCUGCUGAAUGUGACGGGGACGGUCGAGCUUUAUAGCCAUUCACUAGUUGUUUUGUGAAUAUUAAAAACACUGUCUCCAAACUGCUGCUAACACCAGGUUUUCUUUACUUUACAGACACAGUGUGUUUGUUAGGCCAACGUCCUCAAAAUCUACCGCACAAUAUCAUUUUUUCACCGAUGCACCCUAUGAAACUCUGUUAGUUGUUUUUCAGUUUGCUCUCCAUUCAAGCUGACCCCUUUAUUGUUUGUACACCACGAUAAAUGGCAAUAAACAUAUUACUCACUUC